GUCCGGUGUUUGCCCAGGCGGGCUAAAACCGUGAGCGAGAUGAGUGAGUGAGUUUAUUAAAAAAAAAAAAAAAAAAAAAGACCCCCAUAUCACGUGAUCACCUCCUCCUCCCAAACCAUCAUUCGAAGCCCAACGGUACAUUUCUUUGGCGGAUUUAUCCGUUUCAAAGCGUGCAUUUGGACGAAGAUUCAUCUCUAAGAUGCUUUUCAAACAAAAACGUGGAAUUCUAUCAACUCACUAAACGCAAGUACCUUUGCUUUUAAGACAGCUGAUCUAAAAGCUAUUCUUUGCAAGCGGAAGAAAAUAUACAGCUCUCAUCAUGGCAGAGAACAACUUCCCUCCCCUGCCUCGAUUCAUCCCCCUCAAGCCAUGCUUUUACCAAGAUUUCAACGAGAUCCCUGACCAGCGUCGCACCAUGUGCAAGCGGCUCUACUACUUGUGGAUCCUGAAUAGUGCCACACUGGCUGUUAAUCUGAUUGGCUGCCUGGCAUGGAUGUGUGGCGGAGGCGGGGCCACUAAUUUCGGACUGGCUUUCCUGUGGCUCAUCCUAUUCACUCCUUGCUCAUAUGUGUGCUGGUUCAGGCCUAUCUACAAGGCCUUCAAGACGGACAGCUCAUUCAACUUCAUGGCGUUCUUUUUCGUCUUCAUGGCCCAGGUUGUGAUCAGUAUUAUCCAGACUGUUGGCAUUCCGGGUUGGGGAGUAUGUGGCUGGCUGGCUACCAUCACGUUCUUCAGCACCAACAUCGGCUCAGCCGUGGUCAUGUUGAUCCCUACUAUCAUGUUUACCGCUGUGGCGGUGCUCUCCUUCAUCGCCCUCUCAAAGGUGCAUAACUUCUACCGCGGCAGUGGUGGCAGUCUGGGGAAAGCCCAGGAGGAGUGGGCCACCGGGGCCUGGAAGAACCCCCACGUCCAGCAGGCGGCUCAGCAGGCUGCAAUGGGAGCAGCCCAGGGAGCCAUGCAGCAGAACCAGUACUCCGCAGCGCCCACCUAUAACUAUGAUGACCCCAUGUAGGACAAGUCAAGGGGGGUGCUUGUUCUUCUAUAGAAGAGAUAUAAAAAAUGAUGAAUUAAGAACACAACUCAUAAUUAGGUGCCCUUUGUUCACAAAGCUGAGAAGCAGAAUAAUGUAGGGGCGAGUGUUUGGUGCAAACGUACUGUACAUUUAUUGAACAUCAUUGUGAAUAAGUUACUUUUUUUCUAUCCGUGAAGAGGGAUUCGCUCUCUCCUUGAUUUACGUCUUCACGGCAUCAACACUGGCAUUUAAUAUGCAUCUAAAAUGUCUGUAACAUCUAGCGUCUUUCCUUUUUUUUUCCUUUAUUUAAUUUCCAAACAGCCGAACAAGUACCACUACAUUGAUAACAUGCGGAUUGUUUUACUUAGCUCAUCUUAGUAUAGCAAGUCUAAGACCAGGAACACCAGCGAGUUAAUGCGCACAUGUUCUUACACAAGAGUGUUUAAAACCACAAUAUGACAGUCUUAUGCUAAGCCGCAUAAAUAAUAACUACUGGUCUGAAUUUUAACACCAAUUUUGUCAACUUUGUAUCUUGUUUUCUUAUGCUAACCUAAAGAUGUUAAGCUAUCUUGUAUUCUUUACGGUUGGGGCACUAUUGAAAUAUUAACAACAACCAACUUUACGAUAUUAACGCUUAAGACUCCCUUAUCCUUAUUAAGUAAAAUAUACAUUUUAGUAUCUUAAUCUUAGUAUGCGAGAUGGAAUCAUUUGCGGCAGUCUUUUCCAUUUGUCAGAGGCCAGUUAGAUCCUUUUGAUUUCUAAUCAUUGUCAUUAAUUGGUAUCAUCAGGUUGCAGUUUCCUUACUAUAAUAAUGAAAUCUUUGUGGUACAGACUGGUUGUGUAAAAGCACAAACCAUUUGUUGGAAGGGCCCGUUAACCUCCUUUACAGCAGACUGUUGGCUUUAAGAUCAUAUUCUUAAUUAUCUCAGUUUUCCCGCUUUCCCUCUCAAGACGCUCGCUGUAAAAAAUUGGGUUGCAGAGCUGCAGUUGAUUGGAUAAACAUUCCAAAUCGGUGUCUUGAAUCUGAAAGUUGAGCAUACAAUGUGAAUAGUCGAUGUUGUUGGUGGUAAUAGCGGUGUGUGAUCAGUUUACCCUCUCUGACAAAUUCCCCUUCUUCCUGUAAAUGCUAAAAAAACAAAAAAGCCUCCAUUUUUCUCCAAGUUCUGGAUGUCAGAAUCGUCAUUCUGUGGCUGUCUGUGUUUUUCCAUCAGUAGGUGUACUGUGAUGUUUCUCAUGAAGAAAAUACAAUAUGAAUCUCAAUGAGGUGAAAGUUGGAGCUGUCAUUGGAGGUCACAAAUCCAAAUGUCUUCUAGAUUCCCUCGUUGGUUAUUAUCAGUGACACCAUAUUAGAUUUGAAGGAAAUGUACAAAACAUAUGUAACUGACUGUUUGUUAUUUCCAAAAUGUGACUUGUCUGAUUGUGAUAACGUGGUAUUCAAUAUGCAGUUUGUUUAACCUUUCUGUUAUUUUAUGUGUAUUUGUUGCUGUCUGGAUGAGUUUCAAGUACAUGUUCAUGUUUUUUUACUCCCCCCCCUUUUUUUUUGUUAAAUAUGAAUUUUGGUGCUCAGUGAAAACCCUGACUGUCCAGCAAUUUGAGGAGAGCAAUAGCCAAAUGCUUUAACCCGUACAAUUAGUUGAGCUCCUGUGUUUUGAUUUUUGAUGGAGAAUGGGACUGCUCUCAAAAUGAAAACCACUAAUGUAAUUUCAGCGUUUACGUUACAUGUCCACUGGCUAACUUAUAACUGAUAGUGUAACAGUACAGGCUCAGAUGUUCGUCAUUGCACAAUCGAGUGCAAAAAAGUGAAGUGUGUGCUUGUCGCGCACACUGUGGCUGACACGCUCCAUCUCAUCGUGCUGUAUUCAAGCUUAAAAAAAAGCCAUUUCCUCCAUUGUUUCCCGUGUGUACCAUUUGCUGUUUGAUAUGUAUAAUCAUGUACUAUAGCUUAAAUAAGUAUGAAUAUAAAAUAAGUUGUGGAAGUGCAUAAAACAUCGUGGAUAAAGAAACAUUCGUUUAAGGUGGAUUUGAGGAGGUUGUGUCUCCAUGAGGGAGAUGCACAAAUAAUUUUUGUGGAUUACCUUCAUAUUAUUUGGUCCUACCAUCAUAUUAAACAGUUAUUGCUGAAAUUUUCA